CCUCAUUCAGACUCCAAUUUCUCCAACACAUCUUUAAAUCACAUCAAUGACCAUGACCACGACCACACUCUCCUCCAAGCCCAGCGAGUCACAGCCCUUACAUUCCACCAGUCCACUAUCCGAGCAGUCAUCCUAUCCCAAUGAUGCCGCAGCAUCCGACUAUCGCUUCAAGGCGGACCGGCUGAACCGUGCCAUCCAAGAGAUCGGCAUGGGACGGUAUCAAUGGCAGCUGUUCGGGGUGAUCGGCUUUGGCUGGGCCAGCGACAACCUCUGGCCCAUCGUGACCUCGCUGAUCCUGGUGCCCGUCUCCUACGAAUUCCACGUCGCGCAGCCGCCGUUACUGUCGCUGGCCCAGAACAUCGGACUGCUGGCGGGCUCGCUUUUCUGGGGCUUCACCUGCGACGUGUUCGGCCGUCGAUGGGCCUUCAACAUGACCAUCGCCAUCACGGCCAUCUUCGGGCUGAUCGCCGCGGGGUCGCCCACCUUCGCCGCGGUCGGGGUCUUCACAGCCCUAUGGUCCUUCGGCGUGGGCGGCAACCUGCCCGUCGAUUCGGCCAUCUUCCUCGAAUUCCUGCCGGGCUCGCAUCAGUACCUGCUGACCGUGCUCUCGCUGAACUGGGCGCUGGCGCAAGUCCUCGCCAACCUCGUCGCCUGGCCGCUGAUCGGCAACAUGACGUGCGCCUCGGCCGCCAACUGCACCAAAUCAUCCAACAUGGGCUGGCGCUACUUCCUGCUCACGAUGGGCGGCAUCGCGCUCGUCAUGUGCAUCGCGCGCUGCGUCUUCUUCACCCUCUAUGAAUCCCCCAAAUACCUCAUGGGCAAGGGCCUGUACGAAGAAUCCGUGACGGUGAUCCACGAAGUGGCCCGGCGCAACGGCAAGACGACCACCCUCUCCAUCGACGACCUCACCGACGAAGACGGAGGAGAAGACCGCUCUCUCUUCGCCAACGACAACAAUGACAACGCAGCCCCCAUCCCCCAGCAACCCCAACCCCAACAACAACCCCAGCACCAGCACCACCCCCUCCGCCUAGCCGACCACCUCCGCGCGCGCCUCUCCCUCCUAAGCCUAACCUCACUCAAAGCCCUCUUCGCCUCACGCCAACGCGCGCGCACCACGAUCCUAAUGAUCCUGAUCUGGGCGCUAAUCGGCCUGGGCUUCCCGCUCUACAACGCCUUCCUCCCCUACCUCCAACAAACCCGAGGGGUACAAUUCGGCGACGGCAGCACGUACCUCACCUACCGCAACUCACUGAUCAUCAGCGCCGUGGGGGUGCCCGGCAGUCUGGUGGGCGGGGUCAUGGUGGAGAUCCCCCGGCUAGGCCGCAAGGGCACGCUGGCGGUGGGCGCCUGCUGCACGGGAGCCUUCCUGCUGGCGUCGACCACGGCGGGCUCCUCGGCCGCGCUGCUGGGCUGGAACUGCGCCUACAGCUUCACCAGCAGCCUCCUGUACGCCGUGCUCUACGCCUACACCCCGGAGAUCUUCGAGACCCAGUACCGCGGCACCGGCAACGCCCUCGUCGGCGGCGCCAACCGCAUCGGCGGCAUCCUCGCCCCCGUCAUCGCCAUCGUCGCCGGCAUCCAGACCAGCGUCCCCGUCUACAUCAGCGGCGGCAUGUUCGUCCUCGCCGGCUUGCUGGUGCUGGGGGUCCCCGUCGAGACGAGGGGGAAGAUGAGUCUGUAAGGGGAACGGACGGGACCGGAAGGGAGGAAACAAUCCACACCGACCG